AUGAUGAACGUCCCGGAAAAGUGUAAGGUGCUGGUCGUCGGUGGCGGGCCAGCUGGCUCCUAUGCGGCCUCGGCGCUUGCACGAGAGGGAAUCGACGUGGUCCUCCUUGAAGCAGAAAAGUUUCCUAGAUACCAUAUUGGUGAAAGCAUGCUUCCGUCCAUGCGACACUUCCUGAAGUUUAUCGACGCCUACGACAAGUGGGAUGCCCAUGGUUUCAAUAUCAAGAAAGGCGGCGCCUUCCGCCUCAACUGGUCCAGACCUGAAACCUACACGGAUUUCAUUGCUGCCGGUGGGCCCGGGGGCUACGCCUGGAAUGUGAUCCGGUCUGAGGCAGACGAGCUGCUGUUCAAGCACGCCGCCGAAUGCGGCGUCAAGACCUUUGAUGAGACCAAGGUGGCAUCCAUUGAGUUUUCCUCUCCCGAUCUCUCGUCUGGAGGCACGCACCCCUUUGGUCGCCCCGUCUCUGCGACGUGGACUCGCAAGGACGGGACUUCAGGAACGAUCUCGAUGGACUACAUUGUGGAUGCGUCUGGUAGAAACGGUCUCAUCAGUACCAAGUACCUGAAGAAUCGGUCCUACAACAAGGGCUUGAAGAACGUGGCCAGCUGGGGCUACUGGAGGGGAGGGGGCGUCCAUGGUGUCGGCACACACAAAGAGGGUGCUCCCUAUUUCGAAGCCCUCAAAGAUGCCAGUGGAUGGGUAUGGUUUAUCCCUCUGCACAACGGUACCCACUCCGUAGGUGUGGUGCAGAACCAAGAGAUGGCGACGGAGAAGAAGCGAAAAAUGGCCGAGCCUUCCUCCAAGGGCUUCUAUCUGGAGUCCCUGGAGUUUGUUCCCGGCAUAAAAGAGCUGCUUGCUAACGCGGAGCUCAUCUCAGAGGUCAAGUCGGCCUCUGACUGGUCAUACAGCGCCUCAAGCUAUGCCUUCCCGGGUGUACGCAUUGCCGGAGAUGCUGGAUCCUUCAUUGACCCGUUCUUCUCUUCCGGCGUUCACUUGGCUCUUUCUGGAGGGCUGUCGGCAGCAACGACCAUUGCGGCGGCCAUUCGUGGCGACUGCGAUGAAAAUGUUGCGGCGUCAUGGCACGAUAAAAAGACAUCCGAAAGUUACACACGCUUUCUCUUGGUGGUCUCUAGUGCCUUGAAGCAGAUCCGUUCUCAAGAUGAGCCCGUGAUCAGUGACUUUGAUGAGGGUAGCUUUGAAAGAGCCUUUGACCUAUUCAGACCCAUUAUCCAGGGGCAGGCCGAUGCCGAUGCAAAGGGCAAGCUCACUCAAGCUGAAAUCUCAAAGACGGUCGAGUUCUGUUUCAGAGCAUUUGCGCACGUCUCGUUCGAGCAGAAAGAGGCUCUCGUGCAGAAGCUCAAGUCUCUAGGGCACGACGGAGAUGCGUACGACGAGAACAACCGCAAGGCUCUCGAGGAAAUCGAGAAGCAGCUGACACCAGAGGAGCAGACAAUCUUGAAGACACUAAAGGGACGCCGCAUGGUGCGCCCCGAGGAUUCGCUCAACAUUGACAAUUUCACUCUCGACUCCAUCGAUGGCCUCGCCCCCCGUUUGGAGAAGGGGAAACUCGGAUUGUCCGCAGCGAAGAAAGCAGAGCUCAAAUUCACCGCUCAUGAUCCGCUUUCUUUCCUUAACGGCGAAGCAAUGGCUGCCCAGAAGACGAGUCCAAAUGGCAAUCUCGAAAUCAAUGGCCAUACCCAGACCAAUGGAAAUCACUUGGCCAACGGCCAUGGGGAAGUCAAUGGACACAGCAAUGCCGGGGCCAGCUCGGCCAAAAGCUGCAUGGCAGACCUUAUUGCGGCCGAGAACGAUUCUUCACAGCCAUCAUUCGAUGAAGCCACCAGGCACCGUCUGAUCUCGUCACUGCAACAAUCGGCCGAGGAACUGGAGACCCCUUACGACACAGUGCUGCGCUAUGUCAAUGCGGUAAGUCAAAUAAACUAG